AUGUUCAAGGAAUAUUUCCAAUACAAGGGGAUCAACUUUCCUCACAUCAUCUAUUCAGAACAAGUGCUGCAGUUGGUGGAAAACAGUUUCCAAGUUCGAGAUGAUGACGUUUUCAAUGUCACCUACCAAAAAUCAGGGACAGUAUGGAUGCUGGAGAUCCUAAGUCUCAUCCUCAACAAUGGGGACCCCAACUGGUGCCAAACCGUCCCGAACUGGGACCGGGCCCCUUGGUACGAGACAGUGAUGGGCUACCGGAAAGCUUUAACUAACAAGUCACCUCGCCUCAUUAGCUCCCACCUGCCGAUGCAGCUCUUUGCAAAGUCCUUCUUCAAGUCCAAAGCCAAGAUAAUCUAUACAGUUAGAAACCCAAAAGAUGUCUUAGUGUCCCUCUACCAUUUUGCCUCGAUGUUUCGCCCUUAUAAAGACCCUGGAACCUUGGACCGAUUUCUGGAAGAGUUUCUAAAGGGGGAUGUGCCUUUUGGAUCCUGGUUUGACCAUGUUAAAGGGUGGAUGGACUUGAAGGAUGAGGAGAACUUCUUCUUCAUCACAUAUGAGGAGCUGCAAGAGGACCUGCGGGGAAGCAUAGUCCGUAUCAGCCAGUUCCUGGGCAAGGAUCUAGAUGACGCAGCCAUCAACUCUGUGGUGGCGAAUGCCUCCUUCGAAGCCAUGAAAAGUAAUAAGAUGUCAAACUUCUCCCGUGCACCACGAUUCCUCAUGGACCAUAAGAAAAGUGCUUUUCUUCGCAAAGUUCUGCGUCUUGUGUACAACUUCUCUAGAUCGGCCAGCUGGCCAGUUGACCGGUCGAAUCUUGUUAAUUGA